AUGCCUAGUCUUAUCUACGCUUUGCUGCUCUUCCUGAUUGCAGCUCCGUCGAUAGCCAACCCUGUUGGCCGCGCAACUGCGCCAGCUGUCGUUCUCGACAAGGGAACGUUCAUUGGCGUCGACAAGGGACUCAAUUUUCAGUUUUUAGGUCUUCCUUUUACGCAACCUGUAUCCGGAAAGGCUCGACUGCACUUACCUCAGCUUAAUCUGCCUUAUACCGGUGUCCAUGAUGCAACGACGUUCGGUCCCGGGUGCCUACAGCAAGCUACCCCAACGCCGACCCUUGUUCCUGGGUCCAACUCAAGCGCACCACCGCCUCCGACGGACGAAGAGUGCCUCACAAUCAAUGUUAUAACUCCUGCUUCAUCUCACCCCAAUUCAAAGUUCCCGGUUGCCGUGUGGAUAUACGGAGGUGGGUUCGAAACUGGGAUGUCCUCAAGCUCCGACGGAGGAAUGAUUGUCAACCGAUCAAUCGAGCUAUCCGAACCAGUGGUAUAUGUUAGCAUGAACUACCGUCUGAAUGGUUUCGGUUUCCUUUCCAGUAGAGAGGUGAGAGACGCCGGAUUGGGAAACCUUGGGCUUCACGAUCAACGUGAGGCGUUACGCUGGAUUCAGAAGUAUAUCAGGGCUUUUGGUGAUGAUCCUGCUAAGGUGACGAUAUGGGGAGAAUCUGCCGGUGCGAUAUCGGUCGGCUCCCAGAUGAUGACGAAUGGCGGCAAUACCGAGGGUCUAUUCCGCGGCGCUUUCAUGGAGUCGGGCUCACCCAAUCAGCUAGCGAGUGACAUCACGGCAGGACAGGUAUCCUAUGAUCAUAUUAUAGCCGAUACCGGCUGCGCUAGCUCCUCCGAUACAUUGGAAUGCUUGCGAACCGUACCCGCGGCAGUUCUACUGGACGCCAUCAACAAGACACCGAAUAUAUUCAGCCCUGCACAGGCACUAAAUCUCACUUGGGAACCGCGCGUAGAUGGGGUGUUCUUCACUGAAUCGGGGGUCAACCUGGUUGCGAAAGGCAGCGUUGCUGAUGUGCCGAUAGUCAGCGGUGAUUGCGAUGACGAGGGUACAAUAUUCAGCGUGGUCCUUACAAACAUUACGACGGAUGAGGAGGCUUUGGACUUCAUUUCGACCAACUUCUUCCCCGCUGCCACUGUGAGUCGGAUGAAAAGGCUUCUUGACCUGUACCCGCAGGAUCCCGCGGCAGGGUCUCCAUUCGACACGGGUGACCAGAAUGCCCUCACCCCCCAGUACAAACGCCUUGCUGCACUGCAGGCGAACAUAACCUUCCAAGCUCCUCGUCGGUUCCUCUUCGAAAAACGUGUGACGAAACAACCCGUAUAUUCAUUCUUGAGCAAACGUGGCAAGUCGACGCCCUUCGUCGGAGCGUUCCACUCUAGCGAUCUUCAGAAUGUAUACGGCGGCGGGGAGCUCACCGACUACCUCGUUCAUUUCGUCAACAAUCUGGACCCGAAUGGGCUUCUCGUGACUGGGAAAAGGUUUUACUGGCCUCGAUACGAUCUCACACAUCGACAACUACUCACGCUGCUCGACGCACCUCUUCCUGCCUUGGAAUUGACCGCAGACACUUACAGGGAGGAUGCGAUGAAAUUUGUGGCGGAUUUGAUCACCGAGAGGGAGCAGGCCAUAUAA